AUGUUUCGCUCGUGUCUCGAGAUUAUAUUUUUCCUUGCCGGACGACAAGAUUCUCAAUUAUCUUCGUUAGCGGACGAAAAAGAGAUGAAGAAAUCAUCAGACUCUCCUCCGACAGUAUUUUCAUCGUUACCUGUCGACAUUGUUCUUAAUUGUUUGGCUCGUGUUCCGAGAUUCUAUGGUCCAACUCUAUCUUUAGUCUCCAGGGAUUUCAAAACACUCAUCACUUCGCCUGAGCUUGAGGCCACACGUUCCUGCAUCGGAGUAACAGAGAAGUACCUAUGUGUCUGCUUAGAGUCGAAUAAGAACAUGUCUAAUCCUCGCUGGUUCACACUUGCGGUUGCACCAAUUCCCAAACAACAGAAACUGAAACCUAUCCCUUCGUUUCCUUAUCUACAUCCCGAAUCCGCAACUGUUGUCUCUAUUGGUUCAGAGAUCUACAUAAUCGGAGGCUUCGUUAAGGGGAAGAGAAGCAGGAGAGUGUUGGUUCUUGAUUGUCGAUCUCAUCAAUAUCGUAGACUCCCCAACAUGGGUCAACCUCGAGGUUCUUCAGCCGCUGAUGUAAUCGACGGUAAGAUCUACGUGAUUGGUGGCUCUAGGUCCAACAAUAUCGACAAGAGGGGAGAGGUUUAUGAUCCAAAGACUCAAACGUGGGAGCCAAUAUUGCCCACAGCAGUAGUUAAUCUCACCGCUGAAAAGAGAAAUGUGGUUCCUGGAAGAUUAGUAAUGGGUGGAAAGGUUUAUGAUUUGCUUAAGCAUCGCUUGAUAAAGAAUGUUUGUUUGGUAGAGAUAGAGAAGGUGUUGUGUCUAAUAUCGGUUGCCGAAGGGAACCUAAUGUGGUGUGAUCCAAAGGAAACUAAUUUUGGGUGGCGUAGAGUUAAGGGACUUAAAGAACUUUCCCGUAGUUCAUAUUUUCCUAGCUAUCUAAUUGCGGUGGCAAAUAAUGAUGGAGGAAGUGUGACAGUUUGGUCGGGGUCGGUGGUGUUUCCAUAUACAGUAGGUUGCAGUUGGACUAAGGAAUGUAAAACCGAGAUUUGGGGUGCACAGAUAUCUUUCGAGAGACGCGGUUUAGGAAAGCUUCGAGGAUCUGUCGAGUGGUCUAAGAUUGUGUUUUUUUCGACGGAUGUGACACUCCCUCCGAUUUCGUUUUGCAUUCUGCUAUGUUGACUUAUUGAUCAACAGUUUUGUUGUGUUUGAAUUAAUAUUUUUUGUAGACUCUUGUGGAAUUUUUUUCUAUAA